CGCUUCUGGCUUUAUUCUUGUUGCAAAACCAAAAACAAGAAUGGUGAUGAUAGGAAGGAACUGUUAUUCACGGACAAGUAGUUAAUACAUGCCAUUUAAUGCUUAAUUUAAGUCAAAGCACAAUUAUAUGGGUUCUAUCUUAAAGUGCCAUUGCUUUUUAACUGCCACAGCAUGCCUCGAUAUUAACUUUGAUUUAACUCUUUUGUCUGCAGUCUCACUCACUCUUAUUUCCUGUUUCCUGCUGCCUUCUUUUAACCCAUCAAGUUCAGCCUUUAGAUUAAAAGAAAGAAGAGUUAUAGCAAGAAGCUUACUGGGAGAAGGCUAAUAUCUAAAAUGACUGAUUCUGAAGUGAAGGCAGCAACAUCAGACUCCACUGCAGGGAAAAUGAUUUUUCAGCCCAUCUUGGAGGAUGGGGUUUUCCGGUUCGACUGCUCUGCAAAUGAUAGAGAAGCAGUGUAUCCGAGUCUUUCAUUUAUAAAUAACAAAAGCAGGGAUGUACCAGUCAUGAGUAACAAGACUCCUUCAUAUAUCCCUUCUUUUGAGUGUCGUCUGGGGCAGCAGAUUGUCAAACUGGAGUUUCCUGCUGGUACCUCAUUUUAUGGAACUGGAGAAGUUAGUGGACAGCUAGAGCGAACAGGAAAAAGAGUUUUUACAUGGAACACUGAUGCAUGGGGUUAUGGUCCUGAAACUACAUCAUUGUACCAAUCACAUCCUUGGGUUCUGGCUGUUCUUCCAAAUGGAGAGGCGUUGGGGAUUCUAGCUGACACAACAAGGCGCUGUGAGAUUGAUCUAAGGACAGAAUGCAGAAUUCAAUUUAUUUCCUUGCCUUCAUUUCCUGUCAUUACAUUUGGUCCAUUCUCUUCACCGACUGCAGUUUUGGUAUCUUUAUCUCAUGCAAUUGGGACUGUUUUUAUGCCUCCAAAGUGGUCACUGGGCUAUCAUCAAUGCCGUUGGAGCUAUGACUCUCAAGAGAGAGUUCUUGAGAUUUCGAGAAAGUUUCGGGAGAAGGGUAUACCUUGUGAUGUGAUAUGGAUGGACAUUGAUUACAUGGAUGGCUUUCGUUGUUUCACUUUUGACAAGGAGCGUUUCCCAGAUCCAAAGUCUUUGGUGAAAGAUCUCCACAAUAUUGGUUUCAAGGCAAUUUGGAUGCUCGACCCUGGGAUUAAACAAGAAGAGGGUUACUUUGUUUAUGAUAGUGGGUCUAAACAUGAUGUUUGGAUACAGAAAGCAGACGGGAAGCCUUUUGUUGGGGAUGUGUGGCCUGGACCUUGUGUUUUCCCUGAUUUCACACAGUCAAAAGCCCGUGCUUGGUGGGCGAAUUUGGUUAAAGAUUUCAUUUCUAAUGGUGUUGAUGGUAUAUGGAAUGAUAUGAACGAGCCAGCUAUUUUUAAGACUGUAACAAAAACAAUGCCAGAGAGCAAUAUUCACAGGGGUGAUAAUGAGCUUGGUGGUUGUCAGAGUCAUGCUCACUAUCACAAUGUCUAUGGCAUGCUAAUGGCAAGGUCAACUUAUGAAGGGAUGGGAUUAGCUGAUAGAAGAAAGCGUCCUUUUGUUCUUACUAGAGCUGGAUUUAUUGGGAGCCAAAGGUAUGCUGCAACAUGGACUGGAGAUAACCUUUCAAAUUGGGAGCACCUUCAAAUGUCCAUCUCCAUGAUGCUUCAAUUGGGCCUCAGUGGUCAGCCACUCUCCGGACCUGAUAUUGGUGGAUUUGCUGGAAAUGCUACACCCAAACUUUUUGGCCGGUGGUUGGGUUUUGGUGCUAUGUUUCCAUUCUGUCGUGGGCACUCAGAGACUGGCACCAUUGACCAUGAGCCAUGGUCAUUUGGUAAAGAGUGUGAAGAAGUAUGUCGCCUUGCAUUAAAAAGGCGCUAUCGCCUCAUACCACAUAUAUACACUCUUUUCUAUAUGGCUCAUACUAGAGGUACUCCUGUGGCAACUCCUGUAUUUUUUGCUGAUCCAAAAGAUCCCAAUUUAAGGACAUUGGAGAGUUGCUUCCUUUUGGGCCCACUUUUGGUCUAUUCAAGCAUAAUGCCAGAUCUCGGGUCUGAUAAAUUACAACCCUUGUUGCCUAAAGGAAUUUGGUUGAGCUUUGACUUUGACGAUUCACAUCCGGAUUUACCAGCUUUAUAUUUGCAAGGUGGAUAUAUUAUACCUUUCGGUCCUCCUCAUCAACAUGUUGGUGAAUCUAACCCAUUGGAUGAUUUAACGCUUAUUGUAGCGUUAGAUGAGCAUGGGAAAGCAAAAGGCUCUCUUUUUGAAGAUGAUGGUGAUGGAUAUGGAUUUACUGAAGGUGAAUAUCUUUUAACUCAUUAUGUUGCAGAACUUGAAUGUUCAGUUGUCACUGUCAAAGUAUCUAAGACUGAAGGAUUGUGGAAGAGGCCAAACCGUCGCCUUCAUGUUCAGCUGUUGAUUGGUGAAGAUGCAAUGCUUGAUGCAUGGGGCAAUGAUGGGGAAGAUCUGCAAAUAGAAAUGCCUUCUGAAAUUGAGGUCUCUAAGCUGAUAUCUUCUAGCAAAGAGCAUCAUAGGUUGCGCUUAGAAAGUAUCAAGCAUAUUCCUGAUGUGGAAGAUGGUUCUGGACACAAGGGAGGAGAACUUUCAAGGACUCCGAUUGAACUGGCAAAUGGUGAUUGGUCACUAAAAAUAGUACCCUGGAUUGGGGGUAGAAUUAUUUCAAUGGUUCACCUUCCUUCAGGAAGCCAAUGGCUUCAUAGCAGGGUUGAGAUUAACGGAUAUGAAGAGUAUAGUGGUAUGGAGUAUCGGUCUGCUGGAUGUACAGAGGAAUACAAUGUCAUGCAGAGAGAUCUUGAGCAUGCAGGAGAAGAGGAAUCCGUUCUGUUAGAAGGUGAUAUUGGUGGCGGUUUGGUUCUUCAGCGGCAGAUAACCGUUCCGAAAGAUAAUCCAAAAGUUUUGCGCAUUGAAUCCAGUCUUUUAGCUCGCAAAGUUGGUGCUGGAUCUGGGGGAUUUUCAAGGCUGGUUUGCUUGAGAGUUCAUCCAACUUUCUCUCUCUUGCACCCAACAGAAACUUUUGUGGCAUUUACCUCUAUUGAUGGCACUAAGCAGGAAGUUUGGCCUGAAACUGGAGAAAAAGUUUACCAAGGGAAUCUUCUGCCUAACGGUGAAUGGAAGCUCGUUGACAAAUGUCUCGGUUUAGUGCUCAUCAAUCGAUUUAAUGUUGGUGAGGUCUAUAAGUGCCUCAUCCACUGGGGAGCAAGGACUGUAAACUUGGAGCUCUGGUCUGAAGAUCGCCCAGUCUCAAAACAGUCACCACUUCAGAUUUUUCAUGAAUAUGAGGUGAGAGAAAUCUGAGUAAAUUUCUCUCAUAUUAUUUUAGUUUAUGCUCCGAUUGUCGAGUUGCAGAGUUGGUUAGGGAAGUCUUGAAUUAUGAGUUCUCGUAAGACAUAAUUUUGGAUGGUUUUAGUCAAAAUUUUCGUACUUGGUAUUUCUUUUCAAGUAAUAUUGUACCUUGUAUAUAUCUGUGAUAUAUAUAUCACUUACAUUAUAUGA